UAUCCCAAUAAAAUAAGUAUCAUUUUAGUCUCAGCACAAUUGAAUCCGUUCCAUUACCGCCGCACAUCCUUCUGCUGCCACCCCAAUUGAAGCAGUGAUCAGUUUGGUUGGACUGUAAGGAAACAAGCUCACCCCAUUACCCUUUAAUGGCUGGAGAGGGAUCGGCUAUCACAGAGGAGGAGAUAACUCUCACUGUGAAAUGGAGCGGUAAAGAGUACACUGUCCGACUUUGCGCCGACGAUUCCGUCAGUGAGUUAAAGCGCCGAAUCAGCCAACUCACCAACGUCUUACCCAAACGCCAGAAGCUUCUCUACCCCAAACUCCUCGCUUCAAAGCUCGCCGAUGACUCUGUCUUACUUUCUCAACUCCCUCUCAAGUCUUCUCUCAAGAUGACCAUGAUUGGUACUGUGGAAGAUGAAAUCAUAGUGGACCAAGUGGAGUCUCCGGAGAUUGUUGAUGACUUUGAGCUUGGCCAAGAUGAAGCUGUUGAUAUCAAAGACAACGAAGUUAAUAAGCAGAAAUUGAGGAGGCGCGUAGAUCAGUACAAGAUUGAUCUUCGGAAUCCAUGCCGUGAGGGGAAGAAAUUGCUUGUUUUGGAUAUUGAUUAUACUCUAUUUGAUCACCGGUCUACAGCUGAAAACCCUAUUCAACUUAUGCGUCCUUAUCUUCAUGAAUUUCUUACGGCUGCUUAUGCGGAAUAUGAUAUCAUGAUAUGGUCUGCAACCAGCAUGAAGUGGGUUGAAUUGAAAAUGGGACAACUUGGAGUACUCAACAAUCCUAACUACAAAAUCACUGCUCUUCUAGAUCACUUAGCAAUGAUUACAGUCCAAUCAGAUUCUCGUGGGAUCUUCGAUUGCAAGCCUCUAGGCUUGAUUUGGGCUCAUUUUCCAGAGUUCUACAGCUCCAAAAAUACUAUUAUGUUUGAUGACUUGAGAAGGAAUUUCGUGAUGAACCCUCAAAAUGGCUUGACAAUCAAGCCAUUCAAGAGGGCUCAUUCAAGCCGUGAGAGUGAUCAAGAACUUGUGCGACUAACCGAAUAUUUACUUGCCAUUGCCGAACUUGAUGACUUGAGCACCCUAGAUCAUAGUAAAUGGCAGUAUUUUAACGAGGACGGUGUGAAAAGACGGAGGCAUGCUUGAUUGAGAUUAAGAGUUUUGGAAGUCUAGUUUGUUGGUCAUCUCCACUAUUUGAGGGAUGUAACUUUUGUUUCUGACAAAGUUGAAGCGUCCGUUUUGUCCUCCAUGAUAUGGUGUGAAUUUUUAUUUGCCAUUCUGUUGAGAUUUAGGUGUUUGAAUAGUAAAGAGCAGCUCUUCAAUUAUUCGGAGGAUUUCUGACGAUGACAUUAAACUCAAUCCAAAAGUAUCUCUUAAAAAAUUAUACAAAAUGAAUAUAUAUAUAUAUAUAUAUACAUUUAUUAAAUAUGUUCUCUGGUUGUGAUACAAUAUACUUAGCAGCUAUGAUGAUUUCGGGUUUGGUAGUGCA